AUGGAGAGGAAAAAGCACAAACGUCUUACCGACAACAUAAUGAAACCAGAAGACCUGAAAAAAUCAAGGGUUUGAUUUUGUUGCAAAUUUACGUUUCUCACCUUUUUACCGUUCAGAUGCAUGUUGGCGGUAACGUUUCGGGUCCAUCCACUUCGGCAUCUUCUUCCGGAGGAAUCAAAGCGAAGCUGGACUUUCGAUCCACAGCCCCGAUAGCUGCCAAACAGAAUCCUCAUCAGAAUGCGACAGGUGAAUGGAAACGUCAGAUCAUGUGAAAGAAGAAUAAUUUCAGCCGGUCCUUCAGUUCAAUCGAGCCACACGGUACGGCCCGUUUUAGACGAAAAAUGGAAAGAAUUCGGAGAUACGAUCAAUCUGAACAUCGACACAUUCGCAAAGAGUAUAAAAGAAUCAGUGGAGUCGGAUAAAUUCAACAAAGUCGCAAGAAUGAUGGUCGCCGCGUUGAAAAGUUUUUCAAGCGGGGACAUGUUAAAAGUAGAGUACAGAUUGAUGGGCACAAUGGCCGAAACCAUCAAAAACCACGGCACCAAACUUAAUGUAAAUUACAUUGUUCUCUUCUCUUUUCUUUCAUCACCCUGUUCUUUCAGCACGUUCCUCUUCAUCGCGGUCUCCUUUUCGUUAUCUCACAUUCCCGCUCCUACCCGGAGAAUAUUCUUCAACUAUUCAUUUCGAUGGUAACCAGCCUUGCGAAACAACAGCCGAUGCUCGACAAAUGCUACGUGGAAGCCUAUCUCCACGAUGCGGUCGGAAUGAACGUCGGAUUAGGAACUGCAAAUCGGUGUGCUUGGAUUGAUAAGCCGUUCUCGGAGGCCCUCGUCAAACUGAUUCUGGGUCCAUUCGCCACUAUCUACCCCGACCCGGAAAUGUAUGCGACGUGCCAAAUCGAGAAUUUUUCGAUAUCAGAAUACCUUCCGAAAGAGAGACUGGGUCAUCGAGUGCGCGAAGAGCAGCUCUCUGUGUUCCUGGAGUUCUUGAAGCCGUGGUUCGAUACGAUUCGAGGGGAACUGCUGCCGAGGACGUUGUUCCGAGCACUCUGUCUUCUGUGCGGGUACGAUCAAGUCCGCCUAUUCAUCGCCGGUCGUCUCGAAGUGUGGAUCACCCUUCAGAAAUUCCAUCGCGAAAUCAGUGAACUUCUUCUUGUUCUUGGCUGUAACAUCGAUGCGAAAAGAGCUCACGACGAAGAGGUCAUCGAUAUUCUGCUAAAAUUGAACUCAAAAAACAUGAAGACUAGAACUGUGGCGGGUCCGUACACAGCGGCGAUCAAAAAAAUCAGCGAAAAGUUAGAGAAUACGCAUUGCGUGUUCCAAACACUCAUUCAGAACGAAACGGGUCCUCCACAAAACAGGUCACCGACAAAUCUUCCCACGAUGAUAAUGCUGCUCUCGUGCCAACCGAUAGAAACGGCGAAAGCGAUGGCUCUUGUUUGUGCGAGAGAACUGAUUCGAGAAGGAGAGAACAGCGCGAUGAUGCUCAGACAGUUCAUGUCUUCGUUCGUCAUCAAUGCCUACAGAAUCUCAAGAGCAGAAUUCCCGUUCUCCGUUUUCACCGCCACGUUUCUGGACGUCAUUCUGGAAGAGGGAGAAGCGGUAGGGAAUCCGAGUGUGAUCUCAACUCUUUCAUUUCUCAUUCAGGCCGAGAUCUGUCGCCUAGCCGUCGACAUCGUCGUCCAAGUGCCUCUAGCCACACUGGCCGCCCUGCUUUCAACUCGAGAAAGUGCGUUCGCCGCCAAGUACAGCAAUCUAAUAGCGUCUGGCAGUGUCGCAAUGAUUCCUCCGGAAGCCCGACUUGCUCGAGAGACCUUCCAGUCAGAAUUCGUUCUCUACUGUGAAGCGGUAAUCGAAUGGCUCAUAAAAGCUCGCUCACUGUUUGCUGAGGAAAACGACUACAUCCGAUGCUUUUCGCUUCUUCUAUUUCUCGAAAAGAAAAGGGAAUUGUACACUUCAAUUGAAGGCGCUGCCGUCUCAGACACAGAGAUCGUCACGUACAUACACAUGUUUGGAGAGUGCGGAAUAUCUGAAAAAAUGUUUCUUCUGGUGCGUAUGAAGAAGUCGUCCGAAAAAAGUAAUUUGUUUCAGUUGUUCGAAGAGAAAAGCGGCGCGUUGUCCCCGAGAAUUAUCAUCGAAUUAGCAUCAGCUUUAACUCAACGAGCUGCUCUCUAUCAUUCGAACUUUCAAGAAGCCCCUCUGGUCAAGCUGACGGAUCCGUUCGCAUUGAUCGACGGUCUCCUCUCCAGAACCGUCCUUCCUGAGAGCGAGUUGCCCCGAUUCGAGGAUUUACCUCUUUUGUGCUCUCGGGAACUAUUCUGGAUUGCGUGGAACUGCAUCAUUCUCUGGAUCGCUGGCGGUGAGAUAGUUCCAUGCUUCGAGAAGAUCUACGUCUCGUACCCGAUUCUCCGAUACAUCAUUUUCUGUAUAAUGACGGAACGAUUCGAUUUCCCCCUUACGUUUGAAGGGAAGACCGCCGAUGAGAUGCAAGAGCAGGAGGAAGCAGUGGCGGCUACGGAGGAAAAGGUCUUCGAAAUUUACGAGAAAAAGUUGAUGCGACCGCUCAACUCGCUCUCUGCCUACGCAAGCAUUUUCCCAGACAAGUACAUACAAUAGCUUCGCUGCAUAAAACAACCAAAUACAUUUUCAGAAAGACGUUCCGCGCUCCAUUGUUGCUGGACGAUAUCCAAGUGUUCGCAGACCGAUUCAAACUGGCGUCCCGGUUCUCUCGAUGCACUUCCCCUCCGCUCCUCUCGCAACUCGUCUCGAGCAUUGGCGCACAAAGCUCGCUGUUCGCAGUGCGAGAGAUGCUCAAGGCGGACCCGUCGACAGCGUCGAUGCUGACCGCCGAAUGCACUUUCCAUGCGCUCAUGUACUAUUUCGACAGUCAGAGAAUGCGAGAUAUCGAUCAACCGGCAAAUCUUGCAAUUCGGGCGGUGAGAAGUCCCCAUUUCUUCUUUCCAUUUCCCUUCUUUCAGCUCAUUCGGCAAGCAGAGUCGAACUUCAAGUCGGUAGAACCAGUAGAACAAGACUUCCUCCUGCAGUCCUUCAUCCACUCGCUCGCUUCCCCGAACAUAUCCAUCCGUGCUGCUGUCGUUAACGCAUUCGCGAAACUGUUUCCGUCGUCCGAAGACAAACCGUUCGAUCUGUUCAAACUGUCAAAAGUGCCACGUUUCGAAAGCGGAAAGUUGAAGUAUCUGGAGACGCUGGCCAGUGCUCUUCUCGUGGAGCCGGACAUUGCUCUCGCCAACUCAUAUCUUCAAUUUUUGACUCAGAACAGCAGUGACAAGGAGCACAUACAUACUGUUCGUUUCGUUAUUUUUAAUUUCCCACCCUUCACACGGGCCGGCAAAACCUACGGGGGACAGAAAACUGCGAAGCUGUAACCUCCCACAGAAACCUUAAAUUUAUCUCUAGCCUGGCUCAUUUUGAAGAACACAAGACAAUUGAACUUUUAUCACAAAAGCAGAGGGCUCUAUGUUUGAUUUCUGGAGAUAAAUUGAAAGAACCGUUAGUCGCAUGUGUGAAAAGCUGGGCCGUGGCCUCAGGCAUACAUUCGAUUUCAGCUCGCCCGCGCCGUUUGCGACACUCUUUCCGUCGAUUGUCAUCCGCUUCAUAACUCUCUUUGCGAAUACUUCAAUCAAUACGUCGAUAUGUGCGUCGAAAAUCAUCAAGUGCAGGAUGCGAAGUCGCUCAAUGAAAUGCUGUGCUGUUUCGAAUUCGGUCCGUAUCGAGUGGCCAUCAGUCGCGAAGUUCCGAAAGCCGUAAUUAAAUUACUGUCGAAAUACGCGACAAAUGGUACAAAUGACACCUCGUUCGAAUCUCUUGUUGAAGUAAGUUUCUCAUAAAAUUAUAAAUCCUCAUAUUUUCUUCAGCUCUGGCUUUCUCCUGGCUCCAUUCCGAAAAUUGUGGACCCGGAAACAGGACUAGGCACACAGUUUUUGAGUCUUCCGAUGAGGAAGGAAAUGCUGAAAUCGGCGGAACAGCGAGUUGUAGAUGCUGCACUCGACGAACUGUCCGAGAAAGACGCCCAGGAAUUUGUGCUAGUCUCGCAGAUGUCCAUGGAGACAGCAGAGAAGGUCAUCCGAAAGGCGGAAGACGUAAGACGGAGAGAGUUUGUCCGAAAAGUAACGAAGCUAAUUCUAGAUGAAAGUGGAGGACAUCUGCAGAAGCGAGCUAUCCAGCAUGUAUUUGCUCGUUCGUGGUUACCGUAUUAAAGGAAUAAAAGCAGGAGCACAGCUGGAGACACGUUUGAAAGCGCAACUUGAUCGACAGGAUAUGUUCGUAGAGAAAGAAGAGCCGAUGGAAGUAAUGGAAGAGGGCGAGCAUGUCCAGGCGCCGUUGCCGUUCUUGGACAAAGAAGACGGGGAAAGGACGCUCACAGACAUGGACACUUUGACAAUACCGACUACCGAUAUAACUGCAUGGCUCAAAGUAAACUGCGCAGUUUCCACGGUGAGUAUUCGGAAGCAAAUGACACAAAAAUCGAUUCCAAUUGCAGCCAACGAAGCAGAGGGAACCGCCCGCAUUCCGUCUUCCGACAGCAUUCAUACAGUCGGCGAUGACGGACGAAAAGUCGGCACUCGCGUGUCUUCAACACAUCGAAGCCAACCUCAAGUUCUUUCUGUUUCACGAAAACGCAUUUCAAACUCUCAUAGUGACUGUUGAUGCCGCCGCGAACAAGGUAUACGUUUUCCCCAUCAUUUGUUCCAAAACUUUGGUUUUUUUCAGUUCGAAUUUGUUAAAAAAAGACUCGAGAACUUGGCAGUUCGUCUUCUCAAAAGCGUUUCUCCGCCAGCAUCGGUUGCGGGAGUCCUUCAGAAACAUGCGAGCAACAGUCGAGGAGUGCAUCAGAGAACGCCAAUGGCACCGGUCAAAACAUCCACUUUUGCUGAGUUCGCAGUAGCUGUGAAAGGAGUCAGUAUUGACCAAGAGAAGCAGAUUGUCGAUGAAUUCAUGGCCAACUUUGUGGAGGACAAAGGAGAAGUGAUAGAAUCAGAUGACGUGCUCGCUUUCGUCCGUUCUAUCCGGUCUGUCUAUUCGGGUGCAAAUGCGGAAGUGACUGCCGAAAAGUGUCUGUCAAAUCGAUGGUCUGCCCAUCUCCAGAGAAUCGUUUGCUCCGCGCUUCUCGACGAUUUCCGCGACACUGCCUGCUCCGUUUUCGUCUUCCGGAUAGUCGCUUCUUACGUCAGGAAGUAUCCGCUUGCAUCUUACAGCGAGUUAUUCCUCGUCAGAGACAAAUCGGACCGAUUCGUGAUCAACAAGAAAGUAUUCCAGACUCUCGUCAUAUUUUUCUCCGAUUUGGUAAACAAAAAAACUUGAAUUGUUCCCAUUACUUUAAUCUUUCAGGCAACUAAAAACGACGAGUACGAAGCCCGCGCUAUAAAUCUGAUGGUUGUCAUUGUGAGUUGCAUUCCUCCUCUUGUAACUGAACUCCACAUUUCAGGAGAAGCAAGGAAGUACGCAGGCAGGCUUCCAGUUCGGAAGAGCCCUUCUUCAGACGUCGUGUGCCAGCCCGAAAUCUUCCUACAGAAAUGUGGCAAAGAAACUUCUCGCAGCAGUAGCGACCAGAUUGGCAUGUAUGUGCUCGUUUUCAUAUUCGGAACACUUUUAUUCCAUUUCCAGAUCUUUCCUACACAAAUGGAAUCGCUUCGAGUAUGCGUGUGCUGACGAACGUCGAAACUCGCGAUUCGUGCAUUCGGAGGUGUGAGCAGAUCAUUGAUAGGAUCGUCGAACUUCCGAUGGAUCCGAAGCUGGCCCUUUCGGAAGACAUAUGCGAAGAAGAGCGAGUGACGAAAGAAACGAAGGAAGCGAAGGAAGACAGCUCGAAAGUGGUCAGACCAGGAUCGAAAAGACCGGCGGAAAGAGGAGGACGAGGAGGUCCACCCGCCAAAAGUGGAAGGUUCAUAACACCGAACGAGCUUCCGAACCCAAUGGGCGCUGGUGGAGCUGCGGCUGGGGCCGGAGCAGCUGGCAGUUCUGGCGGAGGUUCACAGCCGGUUCCGAACGAAGAAGCGCCCUCGGAAGAGAAUCCACAGAAGCGAGAAUGGAUAGCCACGUCACACGCGAUGAGUCGCUUCGUUUCGUUGCUCAGAGAGCAUCCAAAUGUCGUUAAAAUGAAGUUCCCAGUUCUUGCACACUUCAUCUCACGAUUGGCAGCUAUGAACAACAAAGAACUGAGAGUAAGUGAUAAGUUAAACACAGAACAGUCAUGUUCAUUCUGUUUCAGGAAGAUAAUCGUCUACGCAAAUUCGAGAUGAUCGUACAGGCGGUUAUAAUUCUCUGUCCGACGAUGGACUCGGAAGAAAUAUGCUCCGUCGACACAGCGCUCACGAAUUCGCUCGAAUUCUACGAAAAGCACAUAGACGGCGGAGUUUUCGGAAUCAAAACACAGACUGCGUACGCCGAGCUGAUUAUCCGGGCUUGUGCUUCCUAUCUCAAUCGCAGUUUUGUGGAGGUAACUAUUACCUCGUCGUUGCCUUCUGAUUUGCUGUCCAUUUCAGGCGCGCACAUUCCUCCGCGACAACCGUCCGUCCGUCGAGCGCGUCUGCAAGCGCUGCAUCGACAUGUACAACGCGGACCUGGUCCUAGACAAUUGCGAAUCCGCGACGGCUGUCGUCGCCGUUUAA